CUCUUUGCCCUUGACUGUCGCAGGAGAGAUCAGCUCUGAUGGAGCGGCCGUGACGAUGUGCUGACGUAGCCCUCAUCAGCAGCACACUGUGGAAACCCGUGGGAGACAGAGAGAGCGCGGAGUGAAGAUCUGUCCUGCGGCACUGCAGUCACUCUCACUGCCGGAAUAUCGUUCGCUACAAGCUCAAUGAUGGAGGUUCCACGCGUGGGACACAGUGUCAGCAGCCCCACGAGCCCGUGUGAGGACAUGAUAAAGAAUCUCAGUCUGGACGCCAUCCAGCUUUGUGAGAGAGAAGGAAAUAAGUCCCUGGACAGUGGCAUUGCCGAGAUGGAGGAACUUCCUGUUCCCCAGAACAUCAAAAUCAGCAACAUCACAUGCGACUCCUUUAAGAUCUGCUGGGAUAUGGACUCCAGGUCAAAGGAACGCAUUACACACUACUUCAUCGACCUCAACAAGAAAGAAAACAAGAAUGCUAACAAGUUCAAACACAAGGACGUCCCCACUAAACUGGUAGCGAAAGCAGUUCCUCUGCCCAUGACAGUGCGAGGACAUUGGUUCCUGAGUCCACGCACCGAGUACACUGUGGCCGUUCAGACCGCGUCCAAACAGGGUGACGGAGACUACGCCGUGUCAGAGUGGAGUGAGAUCAUUGAAUUCUGUACAGCCGAUUAUUCCACUGUUCAUCUCACACAGUUGCUGGAGAAAGCUGAGGUCAUCGCCGGCAGAAUGCUGCGGUUCUCAGUCUUUUAUCGAAACCAGCACAAGGAGUACUUUGACCAUGCAAGGGAGGCCCAAAACAACAAGAUGUUGCCGUCAGUGAAGGAUAACAGCGGCAGCCACGGCUCACCCAUCAGCGGGAAGCUAGAGGGCAUCUUCUUCAGCUGCAAUACAGAGUUCAACACGGGCAAACCCCCUCAAGACUCACCAUACGGCCGUUACCGCUUCCAGCUGCCAGCCGAGGAGCUCUUCAGUCCCAAGACAAACCUAUAUUUUGGUGACUUCUACUGCAUGUACACGGCCUAUCACUACGUCAUUUUGGUGAUCGCGCCAAAAGGCUCGCCUGGAGACGAGUUUUGCAAGCAGCGCCUACCGGCACUGGAUAUCGGCAACAACCGUUUUUUGACGUGCUCGGAGGAUGAAGAUGGUCGGCUGGUGUUCCACCACGCACAGGACCUGAUCCUGGAGGUCAUCUACACCGAUCCUGUGGAUCUGAGCCUGGGCACGGUAGCUGAGAUCAGCGGCCACCAGCUCAUGAGUCUGUCCACAGUCAACGCCAAGAAGGAUCCCAGCUGCAAGACCUGCAACAUCAGCGUGGGACGCUAACAUAUAAAACUGAACCCUUCUGCUGCCUUGAACAGCACAGAAAAAUCGCCUUCUCCUUUAGCCGUCCUCCUUACCCAUUAACUUAUCCAUAAUUCCUUCUGGUGUCUGUAAGGAUCCUUCGCAGCAUGUGUCUCACAGCUUUUGACAAAAUGCUCUUUUUCUUUUACUAGCUUAUUGGUCUCAACCCGGGGUCAGGCUAGAUAUUUCGUGCUCCUAUGUUUGUGUUGGGAUGUUGACUUAAUAACACCUGUCAAUCAAACUGCUUCUUUAACCCCAUUGGCUGUCAGACCCUCCCAUUAGAAAGCGGCAUUGUAACAGUUUACCAAAGUCUACACAAAUUUAACACAAAUUUCUCAUUAUGUCACAGCAGUCAGUCAGACUUACGAGGCAUUAUGAAUGCGACGAUCAGGUGAGAUCUCAAAAACCGUGAUUGGACGCAUCUGUAGCAUGAUUGCAAACAUUUUUGACCUAAGCAGUGUUUCAUGUUAUCUAUUCCAACCCAUUCAGUAAACUGUGAUUUAACAUAUAAUAAAUGUGAUACGACGUGUAGAUAGAAAAAUAUUUAUUUUUUAACUGGUGAAUAGAAAAUGGACAGAACCAGAAGUGCACAAUACAGAGGACUUUGGUGAUGGAAAAGAAGAGGUACACGAUAAAGCAAAUAUAUAUAGAUAAUUAUAUAUAUUUACUGUAUAAACCAAUGUAGAAUUACGUGCACUAUAGCUAACAUUCAAAAGCUACAUUUUGUCAUUGUGGAUGUAUACAGCAAAUAAAGUCUGGGACGACGAUAACAUGACAGAAUAACCACACCUGAUUGUAGCACAAUUCAAACAGUUACGCUGGUUGGCAUGCAAAGACACUACACAAAGAUUGUAAUAGUUCAUUGCAGUAGAGCCGUCGGAAAGGAAAGAUAUUGAUUGUUUCGUUUCCAGAGAGUAGCUACUUGAGCAGAAUUGCACUUAAAGCGCAUAUCCGCUUCUCAUCAACAUAUCCCCUUGCUUUGGGCUUCAGUAUUGUUUUUAGCGUACAAUGUGAUUAGUCAGUGUCCAUAUUAACCACUGGCCUAAUAUAUCAUAAUUUGUUCUUUAUGUAUAGGAGGAAAACUGUGCUCUGUGAUGGCCACGUACCGUACUUUAACAUGUUUUUGAACAAAAAUAGUCAUUCAAAAUACAGUCCUUAGCUCUUUCUUCUGGGAGAACCUUUUUAAUUCUGGGUAGUUUGUGCUCCCUUUUUCAUGCGAGAGACAAAUAUAUGAUAAAUAAAUAAACAAUUAACUUGUGUUAGUUCAUACAAUGUGUACAGUUAUGGUUGGUUGCUGCUGUAUUUAUAUGUUAGGGACUGAAAUUUGCAUAAAACCGUUGUUUUAAGUGCUUGUUUUCUAUCUAGAGCUUUGCAUUAUUUGAGAAUCAUGGAUUCUCAUUAGUGUGCAUAAUAAUGUCACCUAUAUGUUCCUAAUUAGAAUCAUAAACUAGCUUCAAACGAGAGCAAGAGAACGUGAAAAUUGCAUAUGAUUCGACUUUGGUUAAAAAAAUCUCUAAAAAUAAAGUGCCAUAUUCCAUAAACAUAGAUGAAUACUCUAGAUAUACAUAGAUAUUUCCUUUUGCCCUUUGAAAUCUGAAUGAGGUUUGUAUCGAGCCAUCUCGCUCUGUACACAGCACAGAGAUCGCACACUGCGUUUUGUUAAAGGCCUUGAUCGGUUCGGCCCAACCCAUUGAGUCUAGGACUUCCAAUGUGGUCAGAAAUUAUAUUAAAGUGCAUUUUAGCAUCAUUAUGGCACAAUUAUGUCAAAUGUAAAAACUCCAUUUGGUCCAAACAUUGGGUUCAUUACUGAAAGGCAGAAAGAAUCUCUUUAACUCAGUCUAUGUGGUUUCCUGUUUGCUGAGCAACACUUCCAGUAAGCGUAUUUUGGCUUUGAGACUUUUGUACUCCUGGUACUCCUCGGCCAUGGGGAUUCGGUCAUCUUUUUGUGCGGUUCUUCGUUAUUUUGUUGGAGAGGGAAAGAAAAAAACAAACAAAAAACAGAUACCGCAUGAAACGGAUGACUCUGUGAGAUUACGCUAGCAUUAAAACACACAUUUAACCCUUGAGUUGCCUUACUGAAGCAGUUUUGUACAUCAGUGCAUAGCAGAUAAAAGGAAAUGUAUUUUAUUUAAAAAACAAAUUCAUAUAUUGUGUACAGAAACAUUGUUUUUUCUUCCUGGUGGUAUUAUUUUGUGUAUCAUUGAUUAGAUGUGCAUUACGCUAACUAUGCUGAACUAUUUUGAUCUUUAUUUUCCUGUUUCCUUCCUGUCCAUGUUCAAAAAGACAAGAGUAACAUAAAAUACCAUUAAAAUAUGUUAAUGCCACAA